GGUACUGUGGAAGUGUUUAAAGUAUACGAAUCAAAAUUAGCAAAUUCAUAAUUAAUCGCUGUUUAACGAAAUUAUGAAUUAUUUUAUUGAUGCAUCUUUAAUCGACAAAUGUUUGCCUUCAAAUGUAUGUACUUUCUGUUUUUAUUUUUAUCUCAACAUGUGUCUCAUAUCACAUUGAGUACAGAUGUCAAAGUAUGAAACAUGACCUUUUUUAAAUUUAAAAAUAUUGAUGGAGAAUGUCGUUAAUACGAAAAGUACGUUUUAAUUAAUUAAUAAAGUGUUAGUGAGUGAGUAUCAUGAAUAAACUUGAUUUGGAUAUAAGCAACUUCAUUAAUAUAUCUAAGGAAGAACUGGAAAGUAAAUACAAUGUCCUCAAAGAGAGUCAUAAAUCCUUGCAAGUGGAGCUUGAAAGCAAAAAUCAACUUAUAUAUGAUAAUAAGCGUCAACUCCAGGUUUAUGAGCAGCUAGAAAAAGAUUUUCACCAAGAGAUUGAACUGGUACAAAAGUUGGCCAAGUGUGAGGUUGAAAAGUAUGAAAUAAAAAUUCAAAGGUUGGAAGAAAAUGUGAGUGAUUUAAAUGAUAGAAAUCAGUAUUUGGAAACAUGUGUCUUUGAAAGAGAAGAAGAAAAGGUGCAUCUUGAAUUUGAGCUCAAGGAGCUGGUUGAUAAGAUUUCCCUGAGCAAUGAAAAGUUAGAAACAGUGGAUGAUAAUUGCCAAAGAGAAAUCAGAAAAUUAAAGGAAGAAAAUGAACAGUUAAAGAAGGAGAAUGAAGAAUUGCUUUUAGAGGUGAAAUUACUGAAAGAAGAAAUCGCCACUUUUGAAGAAAAAUAUGAGAUUGCAAACCUAGAAUUAGAAAAUGCAAAAGAGAAUCUUUCCUGCAAAAAAAGUGAACUUGCAGAAUGUAAAAAUGUUUGCACAAAUUUGCAAGAAGAAGUUGUUGUAUUAAAAAGCGAAUUGGAGGGACUAAGGAGUAAACCUUUGGAUACAGGGGCAAAAGGAAAUUCUCUUUUUGCAGAAGUGAAUGACAAACGACUUGAAGUUCAAGACAAAAUGAGCAGAAUGAAACAGAAAUACCUAGAAAUGAAGAGAGAUUAUGGUAGCAAGCUUCAAAAAAUUUCUGAAUUAAGAGCAGAAAAUCAAAAGUUAGCCCAACAACUAGAAGAAAACAACAAAUUACAAAAUAAAGAUUAUGAAUAUGUUAUUAGCACCUUGAAGAGCCGUGCAGCUACUUUGGAGGAUCUUUUAGAAAGAACUAGGGCAGAUGCUCUUCAGAAUCAAUGCAUGGCUGAAAAUACAGUCGAUGACGAUUUUAAAUUUAUACAAGACAUGAUGGAACCAAAAAACAAAGAAAUUGAGGAGCUAAAGGAACGCCUUAAGUCUGAAUCUCAGUCAAAAAUAUUAACUGCAGUACAUCUUAGAGACUCAAAUAAAGAGCUUCGACAAUGGAAAGCGGUUGCUGCUCAGUUAAAAUGCAAAAUAGACGAAUUGGAGUCGAAAAUCUCGGAAUUAGAGCACCUCAAAGUUCCACUGAAUCUUGAAGACGACGUCUUCGAAAAUGACGAUGGUAAAUUGUAUCAUUCAUCAGGUAUUCGCCACAAAAGACAUAGCACAAAGAUGUUGUGUGAUGAAAUUGCAGAAAUGAGUACUUUAUCAGUUGUUAUUUCAGACAUAAAGUCGAUUAAGCUACCCGAUGAUAGUUGUAGUGAACGAGAGAUUGAAGAACAAACUUAUUCACAACCGAAUUUGAGGAAUAUCGAUUGCUCGCGAAACAGUAAAAAAGCAAUAAAGAACAUAGAAGGUGGCGAUUUAUCGUUAAACGCAACUUGUAGUAGCUUUAAUACUUCUUCUGGUGAUAAUAAAGAAAAUGUUACAGCUAAUUCCCAAAAAGAUUUAGAGUCCAAUUGUAAAGACAAAAAAGUUGUAACAUUUACAACAGAGACUGUCGAAAAAACGAAUCUAAAGCAACCUUUACGAAAAGGGGGAAGAGUUUUAGAUACAAAGACAUGGUAUAUCCCAAGUAAAUCUAAAAAGUAGAAUUGUAAAUGUUGGGGACACUUUUACCAUUUUAUUCUGCUAGAUUUAUUGCUGUACCUUUUUCAUAUUUAAUGUUAACUAAAAACAUUCUUAUUUUACUGAAUGUUCUUUAGUUUUUAUUUUAUUUAAAUAAAGUCUAUGAUUAUUUUAAUA